UCACGCGGGAGUCGGCGCGGCGCGCGGGCUCCCGUGGGGCGCAGCUGGUGCGCGAGUUCGGCUUCAUGCCGCGCCGCCGCCUCAGCGUCGAGGAUGGGGCGCGUCUGCCGCGCAAGUACGAGCCCUUCCCGCCCAAGCUGUACGGACGGCCGCUCGAGGAGAUCGACAACUUUAUUUACGAUGAGACUUUCUGUGUGGUAUCGAAACGUUUUCGCAAGAACUACAUCCACCGGUUCACGGCGACCCGCUCGUUGUUCUGGUACUCUCCGUGGUCGCCGGUGCGACGCGCCUGUGUAUAUCUGUCAACCAACCAAUACUUCGAUUAUUUCGUCAUGGCUACCAUACUGCUCAACUGUGUCUUCCUCGCCAUGUCGGAAACUAUCGAAGAGGCUGAGUACAUUUUCUUGGCGAUAUACACGGCGGAGAUGAUAAUUAAAUGUAUAGCUAAGGGCUUCAUAUUAAAUAAGUACACAUACCUCCGCAACCCUUGGAACUGGCUGGACUUCGUGGUCAUCACGUCAGGGUACGCCACCAUCGGCAUGGAGGUCGGGAACCUGGCUGGUCUGAGGACCUUCAGGGUGCUGAGGGCGCUGAAGACUGUUUCCAUCAUGCCGGGCUUGAAAACCAUCAUCAACGCAUUGCUGCAUUCCUUCAAGCAGCUCGCAGAAGUAAUGACGCUGACCAUCUUCUGUCUGAUGGUGUUUGCACUGUUUGCACUGCAAGUCUAUAUGGGGGAGUUACGGAACAAGUGCGUGAAGAACCUGGUGGUGCCGGACGGGGAGAACUUUACUGAUGAGGCGUGGUUUGAGUGGAUCCAACAGCCGUCAAACUGGAUGGUGAAUGCAGACGAGGUGCCGAUCAUCUGCGGGAACCUCACGGGUGCCCGGCACUGCCCAGCCGACUUCACCUGCCUCUGCGUGGGACCGAACCCCAACCAUGGCUACACGAACUUCGAUAACUUCCUCUGGUCCAUGCUGACCACGUUCCAGUUGAUCACACUUGAUUAUUGGGAGAAUGUUUAUAACAUGGUGCUGUCAUCAUGUGGUCCCAUGUCGGUAUCUUUCUUCACGGUGGUGGUGUUCUUCGGCUCCUUCUACCUCAUCAACCUGAUGCUGGCCGUCGUCGCGCUCAGCUACGAAGAGGAAUCGCAGAUUACACAGGAGGAAAGGAAAAAAGACCUGAACGAGCACCGCGACGACUCCACAUUCAGCUUUGACCCGACGUCGCUGGCUGUGCGGACCCUCGCCAAGGACUCGAAGAAACGUAUCGAUGCCCGCAAAGGCCUCCUACUGGCUUCCUACUCACGAAAACGGACGAGAAGACGUAAGAGGGGCAGGAGCGCGAUACAUCAUGCGGCGGCAGUCGCUGCUGUGGCCGAUGACGCGAAUCGUCGGUCGCGGUCGCGGUCGCGUUCUCGCUCAGUGAGCCCGAACACGUCGCCGCCCCCGCUCCCCGCACCGCAGCCGCCGCCGCCACCGCACACCUUGCACCCAGACAACGCAUUAGGUCGUGGUGCUCUAAGCGCAGCGGGUCGCCAGCUGAGCGACCACAGCAACAACCGGGAGUCUUCCCUUGACGACUCAGGAGUAGUCGACGACCACGAUGACGGCGAGCAUACGUCUGACGACCAGGCCACACACCCUCACCCUCGGAGGCACCUUCUCAUCCCACAGCUGCCACCACCACACCCUCCCACUCCGAUGCCCAUGCCUCUCCCGGUACACCUGCAGACACCUAUGCCUACCCCUGUACAGAUGCCCAUGCCGAUGCCAAUGCCUAUGCCUACACCCAUGCCGACCCCUAUGCCGAUGCCGCAAAUACAGCAGGUCAGCCGAGAUAAUCAGACCCAAGAGAUAAAUCUCCAUAAAAAGCCAGAUAAACCAGCAGUGAAACCAAAAAAGCCCGAGAGAAGCAUACAGGACAAGUAUCCGCUGAACCCUGACUACCUCAACCAGAUCGUGGUGCUAGGGGCGGACUGGCCAUACAAGCGCGCGCCCGACCUCCCGCAAGCGGAGACGACGAAAAUUAAUGAGCUCAGUUUAUUGGCAGCCACGCACAAAACUCAUAUGGGCAAUUACGAGCAAAAUUGCACUUACUUCACAGAUGAGCUCGUGGACAGGAACUGUGAGUGCUGCGUCACUUGCUGCAUAGACUAUGAAGGCUGGCUUCAGUUCCAGAAUUGCUUGUAUGGGAUCGUUAAGGAUCCGUUAUUUGAGUUGUUUAUUACAACUUGUAUCGUUCUCAAUACGCUCUUCCUGGCUUUAGAGCAUCAUGGCAUGAGCGAGAACGUUAGACAGGCCUUAGAUAUAGGGAAUAAGGUGUUCACGUCGAUAUUUACAUUAGAAUGUAUGAUGAAGGUCAUGGCGAUGAGCAAAGACUUCUUUGCCUGUGGCUGGAACAUAUUCGACUUGAUAAUAGUGUCAGCAAGCCUUCUAGAUCUUAUAUUCGAACUCGUCGACGGCCUAUCUGUGUUACGAGGUCUUCGUUUGUUACGAGUGUUAAAGUUAGCUCAAUCGUGGACUACAAUGAAAGUGUUGUUGAGUAUUAUAAUAUCUACAAUCGGUGCUCUUGGUAAUUUGACGUUCGUGUUAGUGAUAGUUAUAUACAUAUUUGCUGUUAUCGGCAUGCAGUUGUUCUCCAAGUCGUACACGCCGGAUAAGUUCGACCCGGAUCCCGUGCCCAGGUGGAACUUCAACGACUUCUUCCACUCGUUUAUGAUGAUAUUCCGGAUUCUGUGUGGCGAAUGGAUCGAGCCCCUGUGGGACUGUAUGCGUGCAGAGCAAGAAACAGGAGCAGAGAGUUGCUUCUUCAUAUUCUUGCCUGCACUAGUGAUGGGCAACUUUAUGGUGCUCAACCUCUUCCUUGCCUUGCUGCUCAACAGCUUUAAUAGUGAGGAACUUAAGAAUAAAAAGGAGGAAGUUGGUGAAGAUUCAAAAUUAGCUAAAAGUUUCGAUAGAAUACGUUCUAUAGUAAGAAAAAAAGGUUUUCUUAUAUCGAGAAGUAAAGAGACUGACAAAAAAUCUAAGUUAGAAGAGCUAGUUAACGAAUUUAUGACACAACAACGCGCCAUAAAGGAGAAGAAGGCGUCUAUACCAAGCGAGCAGAGGUUCUCGGCGUCGAUACAGGAGACCAUCUUGUUCCCACACGACAAUAUCUAUAGUCAUAGUUAUCAGGAAGCGUUAAAUAGGCCAAUAUCAGUAGGUUCAGACUUCGCUUACCCACAUAUUUUCCAACCGACCAACAACUUUAACAACCACGGCAGUCAAGAAACAUUAAAAGAUGUGCGCGACUUGGCAACAGAACAUAAAAUCACGAGCAUUAGAGAGGACUCUAAGGAAAAUUUGGAAGAUACGUCGCCAAUUACUGAACAAGUCGUUGCACAAAAACUGUUGAAUCAAAUGUCUUCGGGAUACCACACACAGCCAUCUGAUUCGAGAGAUGAAAACGAACACUACGAAAUGGCACAAUUAUCAAGUAGAACAACGCCAGAGAAACCGAAGAGGCAAUGCAGGGAACAGCCACCGAACACAUUAUGUAAGGAACCAGCGAAACCACCCGAUGACGAAGACAUGAAGCAUCCAUGGCAAACUUUAGUCUCAUAUGUAGAUGAAUUAACCGUAGGUGGGAGAAAAAACUCCAAGGGUCAAUAUAUUGAUGCGAUGGGAAACUUUCCUGGAUUUGGAAAGCAGAAAGAGCCGAAAGUACCCGAAAAUUGUUUUCCACGACAAUGUUACGAUGCGAGUUCUUGUUGGGACGCAUGUAUUGAAACCAACAUUGGUCAGCGAUGGAUGUUUCUCCGCACAUACGUCCUGCGGUACGUAGACACGCCUGCCUUCGAGUGGUUCGUAUUGGUGCUCAUCUUUGCAUCGAGCAUCACGCUUUGCUUUGAAGACAUCCACCUCGAGAAGAACAAGCCGCUGAAGAAGAUCCUGUACUGGACCAACUUGGGGUUCUGCAUGAUUUUCAUUAUCGAGAUGUUUCUCAAGUGGAUUGCGUUGGGGUUCUUCAGAUACUUCACUAGUUUCUGGACCUUAUUAGAUUUCACUAUAGUCUUUGUUUCAGUAUUCAGUUUGUUGAUAGAAGAAAAUGAGAACCUAAAAGUUUUAAGGUCGUUAAGAACUUUACGUGCUUUGAGGCCGUUGCGAGCGAUAUCCCGCUGGCAAGGGAUGCGAAUCGUAGUAAACGCUCUCAUGUACGCAAUACCUAGCAUCUUCAAUGUAUUAUUAGUUUGUUUAGUAUUUUGGUUAAUAUUUUCUAUCAUGGGAGUUCAGUUUUUUGGCGGAAAGUUCUACAAGUGCGUCGAUGACGAAGGAGAAUUGUUACCGUUAGAGAUAGUAAAUGAUAAAUGGGAAUGUUAUUACAACAAUUUUUCUUGGGUGAAUUCUAAAAUAUCAUUCGAUCACGUCGGUAUAGCGUAUUUAGCGUUAUUUCAAGUAGCCACGUUUGAGGGUUGGAUGGAGGUGAUGGCUGAUGCCGUGGACGCACGAGGAGUGGACCUGCAGCCGGCGAGGGAAGCCAACCUCUAUGCAUACAUAUAUUUUGUCAUCUUCAUAGUGUGCGGCUCAUUCUUCACCCUUAAUCUGUUCAUAGGAGUAAUCAUAGAUAAUUUCAAUAUGCUCAAAAAGAAGUACGAAGGCGGUGUUUUAGAGAUGUUUCUUACAGAAAGCCAAAAGCAUUACUAUACGGCAAUGAAAAAGCUCGGUAGGAAAAAACCACAGAAAGUCAUAAAGAGACCGAGGAAUCAGUUCUUGGCGAUGUUUUACGAUCUAUCAAAUUCACGACGGUUCGAGAUCGCCAUUUUCGUUUUGAUCUUCCUUAACAUGCUCACAAUGGGCAUAGAGCACUAUGAUCAACCGCAUUCUGUUUUCUUCAUAUUAGAAGUUAGUAACGCGUUCUUCACUACUGUGUUUGGGUUAGAAGCAAUAGUGAAAAUAGUAGGUCUUCGGUACCACUACUUCACGGUGCCAUGGAAUGUGUUCGACUUCCUGCUGGUGCUGGCGUCAAUCUUGGGCAUCCUGAUGGAGGACAUCAUGAUAGACCUGCCGAUAUCGCCAACCCUGCUGCGAGUCGUCCGAGUGUUCCGUAUAGGGAGAAUUUUAAGACUGAUUAAAGCCGCUAAGGGCAUUAGAAAACUGCUGUUCGCGCUAGUGGUGUCCUUGCCGGCGCUGUUCAAUAUCGGCGCGUUGCUGGCUCUCAUCACCUUCAUAUACGCGAUCAUCGGCAUGUCUGUCUUCGGGCACGUCAAGGAGCACGGAGCUCUCAACGACAUCGUCAACUUUCAAACUUUUGGAAGGAGUAUGCAGUUGCUUUUUCGUCUGAUGACAUCAGCCGGAUGGAACGACGUGCUCGAAUCUCUCAUGAUCCAACCUCCUGACUGCGAGUUAGGAGAACACGGUCACAACGGCAACUGCGGGAGCCCACUCCUGGCCAUCACCUACUUCACAUCGUUCAUCAUCAUCAGCUACAUGAUCGUCAUCAACAUGUACAUAGCCAUCAUCCUGGAAAACUUCAACCAGGCUCAUCAGGAAGAAGAGAUAGGAAUCGUGGAGGAUGAUCUAGAGAUGUUCUAUAUUCGGUGGUCGAAAUACGAUCCCCAUGCAACUCAAUUCAUAAGCUUCGCUCAACUAUCAGACUUCAUAGCAUCAUUAGAUCCUCCGCUUGGAAUCUCCAAACCAAACACAGUGGCUUUAGUCAGUUUUAAUUUGCCAAUCGCGAGAGGCAACAAGAUUCACUGCUUAGACAUACUACAUGCCCUAGUGAAACAUGUUUUGGGGCACGUCGAGGAGACAGACACCUUCAGACAGCUUCAGGAACAGAUGGACAUCAAGUUUAAGAAGCAGUUCCCGACGAGGAAAGAACUGGAGAUAGUCUCCUCAACUAGGAUAUGGAAGAGGGAGGAUAAGGCAGCCAGGACUGUACAGAGGGCUUGGAGAGAUUAUGUGAAACGAAAGAAUCGCAGUCCCUCCCAAGAAGAAGAAAGUACGAAAUGGUCCCCAGGGGGUGGUUGGGGAGGUCGACUGAGCGCGUUACUGCACGUGAGGCGAGGUUCACACGCCUCCAGCCGGAAGUCAUCGCGCGCAUCUGAUGCAUCGGACAUCAGCGAGCUGGGCGGAGCCUGGCUCAACCUACCACUUCUGCUGCUACCCGGAGCAGCUCCAGGGGAACAGGCGAGCGGUUCUGAGUCGGCUCCGCCUCGAAGGCGGUCGGCAUACGGCUUGCCAAUCUUUCUGCGGCAUCAGGACGCUAUGGACGAAGAGACAGGCCCGAAACGAGCAGGUUCCCUUCGGCUGAGCUCCCGACGCAGCUCCAUGCGGCGCGUGACGCCACCGGCCCGCGCGCGCACUCCGUCGCCGCACGCCAACAGCGAGGUCAGCAUCCUGGUGACGGAGGCCUCGCCGGACGCGGCGCCGGCACCCGCCGUGCCGCCCACCGUGGUCAGGGUCCUGGUGCACCGCGAGUCCGACGAGCGCCCCAGCUGAUCUCCAACCACCGAGCUCGAGCCUCGAGCUCCAGACCCGAACGCUCCCGAAGCGAACGUUCAACAAUGACUGUCCAUCCGGCCAAGUGAACCGGCGACUAAUUGUGAUUUUAAAAUUUAACUAGCCCCGUUUGCGGUUGUCUUUAUGGUGGAUACGUUGAGAUGGAUGAGCCCGUUUCACUGACUAGGCACCAGUGAACGUUAGGACUCGAGCGAUUUAAUUUUGUUAUUUACUGGUUCAAUUUGGAACGAGCCCAUUUAUCUCAACUCUUAAUAUAAUAAAUAGUUAUUUACAGUAAUAACCGGGAACUUCCAGAGUCGUUGCAAUAAAUUUUUCAUUAGGAUCUCGUCAACUUCAGUAAGCUUUACGAUACGGAACCGCGGUUCGCGACACGCAAGCUGCAACACACGCUCCUAGGUAACAUUCGUUUUGUAGACGCUUUGUUAGAAUAAUGUAGCUGGUUCGGUUCUUUGGAUCGUACAAAUCAGAGCAAACUGUUUUUCAAGACUCUUAGCAAUUACUUAAGAAGCCAGGAUAAAGUGCGGCGGGUGUAGGAUUAAGGUCAGGCUUUUGUAAGGACUAAAUUAUGAAUGGCAACUCCAAAGUAUGGCCUACAACAAGUCUACCACCAAAGUCAAUAUAAGCCGAAAUAAUUCUAAUAUUUAUCUAUAAUCAUUAGUGUGAUAUAGAAGUUACUUUUGACCUUUUGACUACAUUAGUUUUAUAAUAUCAAGACUUAAAUAACUUUAUUAGCAUUCCAGCUCAAAUAAUAUUGUUAGACUUUUCCAGUAAUAAAGAAUGUUCAUCGCUAGAUUUAUUAGAUUUUAAUAGAACUUCUUUAUACGAUCCAAAGUUCGGUAAAGCAGCAGGAAUUUUUUCAUUCUGUUUAAUUAGGAACGCUGAGACAUCAUCAAGGCGGUUUUAAACCAAUUGAAUGUAUUGUUGUAAAUAAUGUUUUUAAGGAUAUGAGAAUGACUGAUGUCACCGGGUCGAUAAUUAUCCGCAUAAUCGAUAUGCCCGCGAAGAAUUUAUCGAUUUUGAUCGAUUUAGCGCCUCAGUCAUAUUGUAUUUAUGCUUCUAAAUUAAUGGUUACAGUUCAAGGGGCAUUUUUAACCGUCGUUUAUUGUUGAAAAUUAUUAGAAACUAGUUGCAGAAAAUUGGUUAUGAAAUGAGCAUUCAAAUGGACGGCGUGUUACAUUGUAUUUUGUUAGCCAUAUAAUUUGGCGAAAUGUGCUUUAGGUGUUCAUAUGAUUAAACCCCCGGCAUUCUUAACAAUAGGUUUAAAUUAGAUAAUUUUCCAGUCGACAGAAACUCGAGUACAAAACCAAAGGUACUUGAACUAAGCUGUAAAAUUAAGCAUAGCAACAUCGAACAUAACCUACAAAUUAAGUACCUUCCGUAAUAUAGCAGUCCGAAUGAAAGUCGAAAUGAAUCUGAAAAGGCAAGAUGCCACUAAGUACUUAAAAGUAGUUUCCCGAUUCAAAUUUACUCUCAAAACCACUCACUCUUGAAAAUUAGAACGGGCGUCAAGAAUUGGAGCUACUAAAUGUCUAAGCUAAGUACAUAUGUUAAAGUCAAGGGAUAAAAUAACAUUUAUGCGUUAUUGCGUAUAUGUAUUGCGUUACCACAAUUCCUAAUAGUUAUUUGGAGUCCGAAAUUACGAAACCAGCCGAAGGAGAAAUACCUAUUUUUCAAUGUAUGUUAAAAAAAACUUAAUUCACGGGCUAUACAAUACUCCCGAUGCUCAAUUAUCAAGAUGCCUUGGCCCUGAAACAAACUACUGCUUAGGUACCCCAGGAAAUGGUGCUAGGUUUAAUUUUACACUAACAAAA